UGGGGACUCCCCUGUGGGUACUGGGGCAACGAGGCUUUAGUCCCCCCGCGUCCCCCUGUCUGUCCCCCCCCCAUCGGUCCCCGGCUUUGCAAUAAAUCUGUCUGUGAGACCCACCUGCCCCCCGUCUGCGCCGUGUCCGGGGGGACGCGCCGGGAUGAUCCAGCCGGGAUGAGCCCCGUGUUUGCUCAGGGAAUUGGCGGCGGUCUCUGCCCGGCUGCGGGGCGGGGGGGUCGCCCCGGGGGUCCCUCCCUGGCCGCGGUGCUGACGUCCAUCCCGCCGGCUCCUGUGUCCCAAGGGAUGCGUCUCCCGGGGAUGUGUCCCCCGGGGAUGUGUCCCCCCGUCCAGCCUGGUGACGGUGACAGGGCUGGGGGGACACACGGCUCUGCGUCAGCGGGUGUUUGCCCACGCCGGGGGCUGGCGGGGGCUGGGGGAUAUAAAGCUGAGCCCGACACUUCCAUGAGAAUCCAGGGAGGCUCCAGCACCAGGAACAUGGGACACCCUUGGCUCUGCCUGCUCUGCCUGCUGGGCUCUGGCCUCAUCCUGCUGGGCACCCCCGAGCCAGCGCCGGGGGUCCUUCCCCCCCUGAGCCUGCCCGGGCAGAGCCGGGAGAAGACAGAGCUGGUGGAGGUGCUGCAGGAGGUGCUGGAGAAGCUCGGGAACAGGGAUCCGCCGGCGCUGGAGAAGAGGCUGAGCUGGGUGCCUUUGUGCGAGCCCGGGGAGCCGUGCGCGGUGCGGCGCGGGGCGCGCAUCGGGAAGCUCUGCAGCUGCCCCCGCGGCACCUCCUGCAACCUCUUCAUCCUCAAGUGCUCCUGA